UCCCAGUCCGGCGCGUGCCCCCUCGCUUUUCCAUCCCGCCGACCAGUCACGAGAUCAUGCCAGGUGGCAGUGUGAACAUCACCUGCGUGGCGGUAGGGUCGCCCAUGCCCUACGUCAAAUGGAUGCUCAACUCGGAGGACCUGACACCGGAGGACGAGAUGCCGGUGGGCCGGAACGUUCUAGAGCUCAACAGCGUGCGAGAGUCUGCCAACUACACAUGUGUGGCCAUGAGCAGUCUGGGCAUCAUCGAGGCGGUCGCGCAGAUCACAGUCAAGUGUAAGAGGGGGCACAGGGAUUCUUCUAGGCUACUGCUACUACUGCUAUGGUCGAGCAAAACCAGCAUUGAGAUGUGUUAUGAGGUGCCAUCUUUAUGAUAAUUCUGUGUCUGCAUCUGAGUAAUCUAAAAGUCCCUCUUCACCCCUCCCUCCCCACCUGACCCCCACAGCCCUGCCCAAGCCCCCAGGCAUCCCCAUGGUGACUGAGACCACGGCCACCAGCGUCACCAUCACCUGGGACUCAGGCAACCCGGACCCCGUGUCUUAUUACAUCAUCCAGUACCGCGCCAAGUCUCCCGACAGCAAGUUUGAGACCAUGGACGGCAUCACCACCACGAGAUACAGCAUCGGGGGCCUCUACCCCAACACAGAGUAUGAGAUCCGCGUUUCGGCCUUCAACACGAUCGGCCAGGGUCCCCCCAGUGAGCCGGUGGAGACCCGGACCGGGGAACAAGCCCCGGCUAGUCCUCCCCGCAACAUCCAGGCCCGGAUCAUCUCCCAGAACACCAUGAUGGUCCGCUGGGACGAGCCUGAGGAGCCCAACGGGCAGAUCAAAGGGUACCGGGUGUACUACACCAUGGACCCGUCCCAGCUCAUGAGCCUAUGGCAGAUCCAUAAUGUCCAGGAUAGCAUCAUUACCACUAUCCAGAGCCUGGUGGCGUCUGAGACCUACACCAUCCGUGUCCUGGCCUUUACCUCGGUGGGCGAUGGGCCCUUCUCCGACCCCAUCCAUGUCAAAGUGCUGCAAGGAGGUUAGGGUUCUGGGUUCAACCUUUCCUAUCAACAUGUCUGUGUGCUCUUACUAGGGAUGAAUGCAUACCACAAGUGAUCCAUUACGAUCCUGUACUGUAGAAAGGAAAGAGGGUUCACUGCAAUGAUCACUGUCACUAAUGCAAUUUAUCUUUGACUAUCGUAGUCCCCGGACAGCCAACAAAGUUCCAGGUUGGCGCUGUGUCCGACACAAGCAUCGAGUUGACCUGGGAACCUGCCUUUGAGAAGGAGGGAAUCAUCAACUUUGAGCUCCGGUACAAAGAGGGCAGUUUUGGCAGCCAGGUAAGAUAUUGUUGUCCAUUGUUUAAGGCUAUGGGAAGAUUCUUGACCAAGCCUUUAAGUACUCUUAGAACACCCUAUCUGAGGAAAGGUGGUCAGCAAACAAGGUUAAAAAAGGAACAAACAUAAGGUACAGUAAACUGAAGUGAUAUUUAUUUUCCAUCAAAAAAAUGCCUUACUCCCUCUGUUCAACAGGUGACCAAAACUUUCGGCCCCACUGCCUCAUACGUCGUUGAGGGUCUGCGAGCAAACACAGAGUACUACUUCUCUCUGGCCGCCAUUUCCAACAAAGGCAUCGGAGCCUUCACCAAUGAAAUAUCCCAGAAAACCUUGCAAGCCAGUAUGUAGCCCUUUUGCUCUCUUCUCCAUGUCCUCUGUGUAGGGUGUGGGCGGGCUGGUGGGAUUCUGUGGUGCAGGGGUUAACAAUGUGUUUGUGUCUUCUGGGGGACCUUUAAUCAUGCAGAUGUUUUGUGAGGACAUGAACUCUCUUCCUGGCUCCAGGCUAGAACCAUGGAAUUAUAGGAAGCGUCUCCGUUAUUGCCUAGAUGUCGAAGUUCUCAUCACCUUUGAACUGUGAAUGUGUUUUAUGAGGCCAUACUCAGGGUUCAAAGAUGAUUCUGUUUUGUAAUGUCUUUCUUGAUUCAAUACUAUGCAGGUCAUCUUUUGAAAAUGUGAUUUAAUGCUUUGUGACUGACCAAUGAUGAUUUCUCCCAAAGACUUCAACCUGACAACAAUAACUUUACGUUUGCCUCAUGAACAUGACAUACACUCUGUACAAUUUGCUGUUCUUCUGGAGGAUAGGGAUUAUGUUCGUAAAUGCAAAAGGUUGUGAGUACUGUAUUCACAGUCGUUUAUGGCUUUUAACAGCUUUUUACCUUUUGAUUUGAUUAUUCUCCAACCUGGGUUUAUACUGUAUGUCAUGGUGCUAACUAUGACGCAGUUUAUCCUACAUUGUCAAACAAACCGGUCAAUGUGGACAGACAACGUUUUGCAGUUUCUUUCUCUUCCUUUUACUUCUGUUUUUAUUUGGUUUUCUUUUGUCAACAGCAAGUGCACUUUAACCCAUGUGACUGAGACACAAAAAAUGUCUAACUCCCCAGUGACUGCCAUGGCUUUCUGCUGAACCGUCUGUAGACAGGGGUGAGGGAGGGUGUAGACGGGUGGGUGUAGGAAUCAGAAGACAGGCAGCAAAACUAUCCAAUCACAAGCCUUAACUGCUCCUCAGCGGCCCCACCUUGCAAAUUAAUUCCAGCCGAUCAAUUCAGGAGUGACCUGUACAUUUUUCCCCAGAUGCCAGGAACACAUCUAAAUAAUUUAAACACUGCUUGCUAAAAAUAGUCCCACACAAGUGACAUCAUGGUACCCAGUAGGUGCAGAAUAAUAAAAUAUUCAAUGCUGGUUGAGGAAUGUGGAGCUGUUAGGAUAUUACAUGUACAAUCUCCUGUAAGUCUCCAGACUUCCUUAGGGGUUACAUACUGUAUUCAAAUACUUAGAUUUUAGUUAUGUGUUGAGGUUUAAGGCUUUAUCUCCGAAGAACUCAGACAAUGUAUCUGGAUUUGCUUACAUUAUGGAUGAUCAGGGCAGCCUCUGUGCAAUUUGGACAUUUAUGCAGGGUGGUAAGUUCAUAUAGAUAAAUUGUACAGAUCAAUGAGCAUUGCUCAAAUAUGUAUAUUCCCUAGCCUAGAUCAAAUGAGUGUAUUAAUCAUACAGCAUCCAUGUAAUCAUAGCCCACACAAUUCCAUUAUACUUUCAUUAAUGUACAUGGAUGUUUAAUUGGAGAAUAGAUUGGAGCUGUUUUGUCCUCUGUCAGAUUCCUAAGGGGUUUACAAUGAAGAACUUUGACUGGGGUUGGCCAUCGGAAAGCCAUGGUAGUGGGAGGAGACCUCUUUUAAAAUGUAACACAUUUUCUGUUUCUACCAGUGCAACUUGUUAGCCGUGCCCCUUGUUGGGGGUGUAGGGCUUUGGGAUAACCACUUCACAUUUAUGUUGGUUGUGGUGGGGAUAGCUCUGCAGACAAUGCUGCUGAAUCACUUAUGGGGCACCAGUUGCAUGCAACACUCCCUCCUAUCCCCCAAGGAGGGGGGGGGGGGUUGAGAUUCUGUCACUGCAUCCUUGAUCAACGGCUACACCAGGCAUGACCCUACCUGUAUAUGCACAGUCAACUCCAUCUCUGUCUCUGUGUCUUCAAGUAUGUGUGUGAGUAUGUGUGUGGGUAUUUUCGCCUGUAUAUGUAUGUAUGUAUGUCACAGGUGGCUGGUGGCACCUUAAUUGUGGAGGACAGGCUCAUAGUAAUGGCUGGAAUAGAAUAAAUGGUUUCCAUGUGUUUGAUGCCAUUCCAUUCACUCCAUUCCAGCCAUUCCAUUAUCUCUCUCUCUCUCUCUCUCUCUCUCUCUCUCUCUCUCUCUCUCUCUCUCUCUGUCUCGGUGUCGGUCUCUGUCUCUCUGUCUGUCCUUCCAUUGCUGUCUCUGUCACAUGUUCCCCCUUGUCUGAAAUGGAACAAAAGCUCUCCUUGGAAUGGCUUGACAUCACCUUGCUUACUUUGUUUCUUUCCUCCUGUUUUGUUGAGUCAAUUUAAUAACUUUUGAGUUAGAUAUUUUAUUUUUUUAAAGCAUACGGCUCACAUUACAUCAGGAAGCAGCUUGCCACAUUUUUGCUGGGUUCUAAUGUGAAGUCAACUGCAGCCACCACAACAGCUACAACAUACACCACUUAGCGAUAACAUUUCCAAACCUUAUCCAUUUAACUAGAGUAAGUAUCUCCUGGGGUCUAUUUCAGCACUCUGCUUGUGCUGAGGGUCUCCGUUUAUCAACCCCUUGAGCUCUGUCGUUAGAGUCCAGGGACAUCAGUCACUUUUCUUAGUCCAAUGGCUGCUCGUGUACAGCCAGCCAUCCCUUCUGAAGUAGGUGUCAGAAAAAGCCAAUGGCUUCACAUCAAAGAGGUCAGAAAGGUUACGGACUCAGACAGUCAAAUCAAAACUGUGUUUCACACCACAACACAAAAACAUCAAAACAAAACAUGAUCUUGUGGAUGCCUUUGAGGUAAGUGUUUGCUUGGCACAGGUGGUCCAGUCUGCCGUAGCCCAUAGCAAUGACCCCCCCCCCCCCAUUACCCCCGUGACCUGCCACUUAGCCCACUCAACCUUCAUUAACUUAGAUGUCUACUUCCAUUAUAAUCAUCCCAAAAGAAGAGACAAGAAUAGGUUAGUAGACUCCAUACGUGAAAUUGUUAAAUAUUAAUACAACAUGUCUGUGUUUUGGCUACAUAUACAUUUCGGCAAUAGAGAGUAUAUGUCUCUUCCAGACAGCUCAGAGAGUUAAUAAAGCUCCUUGUGACAUGUUUAGCUCAGGGCAAGUAUCUUCAGUGCAGUGAAGAGUGGAGUUAGUUGAAACUCCCUGCCUCGUGGCAAAAACCUCAUCAAAACUGAGUGUACUAUUAGAGUCUGACGUGUAGCACACACACACACACACACGCACACACCCUAAAGUGCCGGCUUUUUAGAAGACAAAGGUAUUCUACUUUGGCAGUAAUAGAGUGGAGAGGUACAUAAAGUAAAGUAAAGAGUGUACUGUGUCCAUCGCAAAAGGCAAAGCCAAUCAUCACAUAGUUUCAUCCUUAAAACAAACCAAGGGAUUCUGGGAGACUGCUUUGAGACACAUGACCGCCGCCCUAGACUGCUGUCCCUCAUACAUAUCUCCAUCCUCCUCCCCCUUCUAAGAAUCCAAUUACCUUAGUGCGGCACUGCCAGACACUGUCAUUAUAAACACAAACCUCAUUGGAGCAGCAUGAGAUUGCUCGCUAUACAUAAGCCACACACACACACACUAUUGCAGGCUACAGUAUAAUGAGGGAAAGAGGAAACCUUGUUUACCAGCGGCUUGACUCGGCCCGCUGCUCACACACUCAGAUGUGUUUAAACACUAAUGACAUGUUAGGGAAAGACCAUUAGGACGGGAGAAAAAAAAUAAUUAGUACAGAGAACAGUUAAGCCUGGAUUUGAGCUUGCAAAUUACCCUUGUGUUACUCGGCAGAUUGGACCUCUUUUCCAACCAAGUGAAGUGAAAGACAAAAGGCAAUCUUCUCCUUGUUUCCUUUCUGUCUAUUCUCUCUGGUACAGUACAAAUGUCCUCAGAGUGUGGAGUAUGUCUUCAGUCAGUGUGGCGUGACCAGGGGCCAUUGUCAUGGGGACCGCUCUGCCACUAAGGACCAGUGAAAACCCACAGCCAAGGAGUUCUCUCCCGACUCCUCACCUACACCUUAGCUUCAAGAAAUCACUUAUUUGAUCUCUGAUCUGUAAUAUCUGACUCCAAGAAGAUCAAUUAAAGUGUAUCUGAGUCAAAUUAUUUUGGGCAAGGAAACAAAGAAAUGUAUGUGGCACCAGUGAGUUAAAUGUUCCUACACUGGUCCUGUGGGCAGCAAUGGCCCCCAUUCAGACGCAAGGCCCCCUGGGAUACGCUGUCCCAAUCAGACGAGGUUGAGACACCUAUGAGACAACCGUUCAGACGCGGCCAUGGAGGGUCCACACACCAAGGACCGGGAGCUCCCCUUAUCUCCCUCAACGUUACCCAGCCGAGAGGCACCGUAAUGGGGGCAGGCCAGACCCCGGGGUGGAUGUUACGUGAGGUUUGCAGUGGGGAGAGUGAAGGGCCCUAGGAUGUCAGAUAAGAAUCCCAUUUCAUAGCGUCUGAAUUAAUUUCACGCUUUGCCGAUGAGCUAUAGGGAGACCUCUGGAUUGUCAGGCUUUGUUACACAUUUAGAUUAUACCUUGAAGCUGCCAGCACCCAGAGGAGUGUUAUCGCUCAAAUUAAAGUGGCAGAUUCUAAAUCCCUGUAUUUAGCCAAACAAGCAGUUUAGCCCCCCACUUACUGUAAUUGCUGAAUGUUUUUAGAUAUAUUGGAAUAUUUGUAGGAAAGCGGCCAUUUGGCAUGGAGUCGGAUUAAUUCCGUAAUAAUGACAAAUACCGCUCUGACAUUUGACAUUGAGGGUGAAAAUAAAGCAACGCACGCAUCUUGUACUUACACUCCCUGACUGAAUGCGAAUUUGAUUCGUGACUAGCCGCAGACUAAUGACUUGUGGACCAGCUUGUGUUGCGAGCAGGGCUAUUGAAGGAGGUACAUGUACAUGUUUGCAGUAAUUUAUAAAGCCUCUACCAGCAUUAGAAAACAUCCCAAACCACAUCUCCCUCUAAGCUUCCGUUCACAUCAUAACAGACUUAGAAUCUGGUGGCGAUAUCUCCACAGACAUGACUAAUGAUACUGUAUGUCAUAUCAUAUAGCAUUCAUACAGGCUUUCAAAAUAUGCUUCAAAAGACCUACUGAAAGUGAAGCAUUACCAGAGUUCCAUCUUUUGUUGCUGUCAUAGUUCUAGUGUCCAUAAUCUCCACCACUGGGCUUUGUGAGAACCGAGGCUUACCCCAUGGCUGUGCCCCUUGCCUGUCUUAAGUGUAUCUGGUGUGAGGGGUCUGCGUGGCACCAUAGAUCAAACCCUGUCAGAUUCCACAGCUUCUCUCUUCACAUAGAUUGAGCACUGAGCAAUCGUUCUUGACACUGAGAGUUUGCAAAAUACAAUCUAUUGCGGGGAAGAAUGGAGAGAGACUGAAAGGCUGAAAUCCGGUAAAACCGUAAGUAAAUAAGCACAUUGGACUCAGAAAAGGUUCCAAACUGUAUCUGUUCCAGAACAGUCAGUUCUUAUAUCUGUUGACUGAGACCAUCCACUGAUCGUAAAGACCUCCUAUCUUCUCCGGCUGCACUGUUAGCAAGAAUGGCAGUACGGUUGGUACCGCAGCAGUAACCUUAAUGAAUGCAGCAGCACAAGUCGUCCGUCUCGGUGCUGGUGCUGUCUGUGUUCUUUUUUAUUGUUUAAGAGUUAGCGGCAGGCUACUCCCCACCGGUACACAAGUGGGAAAGCUAUGAAAUGGGAUUCUCUGAGCAAACGUUUAUGGUAAAAAAGAAACAGUGUCCUUUUCCCAAGGUCAAAUGCAGAAACACAGAACCCAGUGGGUGUAGGUUUUCCCCAACUGCUCCCAUUCCUCAGUCUUGUGGACCCUCCCUCCGGCCCAAGUUAUACAAGAGUAUAAUGCAGACCUGGCUACAGCACAGAGCCAACUCUCUCACUCUUAGCAACCCAAAAGAGCUCAAAACUACCUAUCUCAACAGGCCAAUUUGACCAACUACAAAGCACAGUUUUCUGGCUUUGAAUUUGAUAAGAUGUGCCUCUAUUUGGACACACUAUGUGGAAGGAGAGGGUUGUAGCUCACUGGCUCAGGGUGAGCGCAAUCUGUAGUCAGGUGCUGGUGGUAAGAAAGUCUUCAAAAGUUAGUAUUUGAAGGAAGCCAGGUACGUAUAAUGCAGAAUGUACUUGUGUUUUGAAGUUUUAAUGUUCUUAUUUUCCGUUUUCUGCUCAAUAGUCUGUUUUUUCAUGUUUGUUAUGAUUUGACAUUUUGGACCCUAACGUUUUUCUUUCUUUUGAGUCACCUCGGUUACAGAUCCAAUUCAUUUUCCAGUACCUUGUAUCAAUUUGUGUUUUGCUUUCUCCAGCUCUUGUUUUGGAAUGAAAACAUACUAUAUUUUGUUUUUCCUGUGGAUCCAAUUUCCAUUUUUGUCUUUGAGCAAAUCAAUGUGGAAUGCCUUUUUCUAUGAAUUCAUGUUUUUCAUUUAGCUUAUUCCAGCACUAUUACAGAUGAAUUAGAUAGUAAUAAUGAACUGGGCUUGUCACAAAUUCAGUGAAUAAUAAUAUAUUAUAUUCACAUGGACGAGUGUUGGUAGAAAAAGGGGGAUCUUGACUUGAAUAGAAAGGGUGUCAUCUAUGUCCUCUUAUCCGUCUAAUGCCUGGUGCGGGGUGAGAAGUGAAACAUUUUAUCACUCCUUGCACGCUCACUCGGUGAGCACAAGCUCUAAGAGCUCUGUGCAGAUUAGAACGUACAGGCUUUCAUUUUGAUUUAGAAGUUGUGUAGCUUUUGAUAUGUUUUAGAAGAGCGCUCCACACAAAAAACCCAGCCACUGUGUUGAAUGGCUUUUAUAUAAUGAUAAUAAAAAUACCCACUCUGCUACUUCUCCCCCUUCCUCUAACUCCCAUACUGGAAGUACAACACCUUUCAGUUUAAGGAGGAGUGUAAGGCUGCCAGAAAGAGAGAGGCUGUGGUUUUUUAUCCUUUAAUCAAUAGUGUGAGUGUGCAGGCCUGGACAGGCUAACAUCAGAUAUCUCCCGUGGUAUCACACACAGGCUGAUAACUGACAGACCCUGACAGACCCCUAGGUGUUACAGACCACUGUGCACAUGUCUGGAAAUAUAACUCUGUGAGUCCGUGACAUAGUCCCAGCUAUCAAAAGAACUGGCCCAGUAUCUCACAAGAGGCAUCCAUUUUGCUUCAUUAUUAUGCACGCUGUGUCGUCCAGUCCUCCUUACACCUUUUACGUUUACAUUUGCCUGACGAGUCAGUGUUUCUGUUUUGUUAACAUUUCUGUCAGUUCAAGUCUCCUUUUGAGUUGGGUUUUUCCUUUUAUCAUUUUCUUUAUCUCUCCCAUCUUUUUGUUUUUUGUUUUUCACCCCUUUCCCCCUUCCUCCCCUCCUCCUCCUCCGUCUCCUCCACCUCCUCCCCCCUUCCUCCCUAUCCUCCCACCUGACCAGAGCCCUCAGCCCCCCCUCAAGACAUUAAAUGCAGCAGCUCCAGCUCCACCACCCUGCUGGUAAGUUGGCGCCCCCCGCCUGUGGAGAGCCAGAAUGGCGCCCUGGCGGGGUACCUAGUGCGCUACCAGGUGGUGGGAGCCUCCAUAGAGGGUGGCGGCGGCGGCGGUGCCGGGGAACCCAUGGAGGAGCCGGCCGUGCCGCCCAGCGACGGGCAGGUGCUGCUCCAGAAGCUGGAGAAAUGGACCCAGUACCGUGUCACCUUGGCCGCCUUCACCGAAAUCGGGCCGGGCCCAGAGAGCGAGCCCCUGCUCUGCCGCACUGACGAGGAUGGUAAUUGAGCUUAUUUCACCUGCAAUACUGAUAUUCUGUACACUUGUUGUGAGAAAAUACAAUACCUGGGCUGUCGACAUAGCUACACAACGAUCUGCUUCUCAGACAAUGGGCAAUACCUCUACUACCGUAUGAUAACAGGGUUGUAGCAGUAGCAACCCAUACAAUUAUCUCACCUAUAGUAUAGCUUCAGUUAUGAUGCCCAUACAAUAGCUUUUCCAAACCCCUAAACAUAGAAUAAAUUCACACUGUCAAUAGCUUAGCUCAGUGGUUCAAAUCAAGGACCCCCAGACAUAAGUGUCUUAAUAAAAACCAGACCACCCAAGCGACAUCACAAUAUCCUUGGGAAAUCUAAAAGUCGUUGUUAAACCAUUUCCCCUCCCCUCCUACAUUGAAUUUAUGAUAUAGCCGCCCCAUCUCAUCUCCUUCUUCCUCUAUGGUGUCUAACAGCUUAGUGUUCAGCCUCUAACGAUUAUGAGCAGGCCACACCUCAGGCCCUCGCAUGUCUGGCCAUGUCACAGCACAGCCAAUUCCACUGAUGGAGGCUGACAGCAACUCAGCCAACUGAUGGCUCGCCAUCCCCCACAAUACACCGGUGCAAAUGGGCCACCAUUUUAUUAACUGUGUGUAGGAGCCAAUAUGUCUCUGGAGGCCAGUGUGGUGCACAGUAAAAGGCAGGACGCCAAGGCCUCACAUAAAGGCUUUCCGUUAUGUCUGCGAGAUAGGGGUUUAACCGGAGACCGGCGACACAGAGUAGACACGUAUUGGGAGGUCAGGUGAGGGAGACAGUUGUGUAGUACAGUUUUGUGUGCUUGAAAGCUUUGCCCCUACAGUCUGUGGUGGGGGUGGGGGGUAUGUGAGCGGACUGCAGAGUUUAAGUUUCUGGCUGUCAGGGGAAUAGCUCUUGUAGUACUAUGCUGUCGCAGUGUUUUAACAUGGGCCCUAUCUUUUUUUUUACCCACAGUUCCAGGGGCUCCUCCUCGGCGGGUCGAGGUGGAGGUGCUCAACUCCACGGCGCUCAAGGUCAUGUGGCGCUCCCUGUUGCCGGGGCGACAGCACGGCCAGAUCCGUGGUUACCAGGUGCACUAUGUGCGCGUGGAGAACGGGGAGUCGCGCGGUCUGCCCCUCAUCAAGGAUGUCAUGCUAGCUGACGCCCAGGUAUGAUCCAGCCCCUAUUGGUCCACCAAUUAACUAAUUCAUUGUAUCAAGCUGUCCUAUUGGAAUGACACACUCUUAUGGAGUGACAUGAGAGCCCAUGUAAAGAUUAGUUAAAAGCUGUUUUAUAGUGUAAUAUGAAAGAAAAAUUGUCACAGAUACAACAAACUGAAGAAGAACCUGAAAACCUUGUUUGAAGUUUUGUGAAAGUGUAAAUGCACACAUUACUUUUACAAUGUGUGCUACAAUAUGUACAAUACCUAUGCUCUCCCCUUUUAGUUUAUAAUUUCAUGUUUCUACAAUAUUCCUCUCCUCUGCCCUCAACAAAUAAUCACACCUUCCUUCUUUCACUUCCCCUCCUUUUAUUAGGACUGUAUAGACCCCCCUUUAAGAGAACCUCAGUGGUCCACUUCUUGAAAAGUGUGAUUGCACGGCUCGUAUCGAGCACAGCAACUAGGCACAAAAUGGCUGAUUAUAGUAUUCUGAGGCUGGAAAACCAAAAUUGGCAUGAAAGCAUUUCAGAGAAAAAUGGUCCUCCCUGAAAGCUAGAAUUAUAAUGGGAGCCGGCACAAUGGUCAGUUUUUACAAAGCCUCUGUCAACAAAACAGUGGAGGAAAUACACAAAGUAUUUUCGGUGUGCUGUGUCAUCAUACAGUAAAUUACAGUUUUGCACCACUAGGACAAACAAAGCGAAAGUACACAAACAAACUGAAUAUUUAUCCCCAGAAGUCUAUUAACAUAUCUAUUCCACAACGCUUUCAAGCAGCAUUCAUGAUGUGUGGUCUCUUUUUUCACAGGUCUUUCUUGUAAAAUAGAUUUUAUCUCAAUGAGCAUAACCUGUAUAACUAAAUGUUUCGUAAAAAUGACCUUAUUAUGACAGGCUGUUGACAAAUUGUUAAUGGUUCAGCCAAUGUUUGGAUGUUUUAGUAAUCUUUUAUACAUUUUAUUUUAGUCAUCCAACUUGGAGGUAAUGCACAAUUAUUACAGUAGAUACAGUAACAUCCUAAAAAAGCCACUGUAAACAGCCCCCAUAGACUUCAGUUCACACCUCUUCCCCUAGCCUCAGCUGCUCUCCAUAAAACAGACUAACUCCCCUCUAUCCCUCUCUCUGGUCUGACCUGUAUACAACAACCUUCUUCUGACAUGUCUGUGCUCUCACCCUCUUCUCAACACGCUCCCUUCUCACAUUCCCCUUCUCUUGAGUUCCUCUCACCCUCUCACACUCCUCUUUCUUCCCUCUUUCUCUCUCUUUUAAAAAUCGCUCUCUUUCCUGCACUCUCCUCUAUAUGGGGGGGGGGGAUUAGUGGGAAACGGACGAUACAGCCGAAUACGUGAGUAUAUAUGGAGUCGCCAGAGUGCUACGGUGUAGUUGGGGGGAUAAAAAGCACUGGGUAUUGCAUCACCCCAGCUAUGUUCACAUGUAUAAGAAAGACAGGAAUUACAUCAUCCUAUUCAAUAGAGCUUUGAUAUUAGGGUGCUUUAUCAGUAAUGCCCUAACACUAUAUAUUAUGAACAGGCUCUCUCAAGUGAGCAUAGCCUAUCCGGUGCGACCCAUCUCAAGUAUUGAUGUCCUAGAGAGAGUAAAGGCAGAAUUGCUAAUGCUAAUUAGCUGAGCGGAAGAUGAGACGGUGGCUGAUGCAAUAUCUGGGUGCUGCUUCUCCCUGUGCCUGGACUGCUUAAUGCUACUUCGUGCUACUGUUUGUUGUCGUGGUGUGCGUCGUGUCGUGUUGUGUUAUGAUGUGAUAGUGUGUUUUGUGAUGCGAUUUUGCUGUUUUUUCUUUUACUUUGCCGGUUCCCUGCCUAGAUUGAGUGUGAAAUCUCAUUCUUCCAUCCGUUAAUCAAUGGUCUCAUUGUUUAGACAGUUAUUUUUAAGUCAAUCUUAACAUGAAUGAUACAAUGUAUCAUCAGAGUCUUGAAAUCUAAAAUGGCUGCCUCAUCAUCAUACCUCCUCAAACUCACCCGAUUGGCCCUUGUGUUUAUCAACAAUUAAUUUCGGACAUAAUUUGAGUCUUAACGUUUGGCCCCAUUCCCCAGUUUCAUAAACACUUGCAUGAUAUAUAUGAUAUGGCCGCCGCCGUCUUUGGUGUGAAAACAGUACAUAUGUCCUCUCUUUACCGCCGCUGACCUCUCCAUCUCCCAGCUGACCAGUCUAAAAACAUCCUGCAUUCAUUUAUCUAGCCAAGCCCCUCUACUGAAAGAUUCAUCAGCAUUGAUCGAAGAUUCCGCUCUCAAGAGAACCAGAGACAAUAAUGGCUGAAGGAAAACUGCAUGCGCCAGCGUGCAUAUUCUUUUUUAUUGUGAGCGUAACUUGGCUAAUGCCUCAGAUAAUGUAUAUCCAUUUUGCCCCUCCUUUUCAUAUGCAUCUUGUAGCUUUAGGGAGUAAUAUAAUGUUUAGGGAGCGGUAGGAUUAGCAGGAUUCAACCUGCAAACAAAAUGGAGGACAGAAAGCAUUAUAUCCACCUUAGAGGUCAAAAGCAGCAGAACACGAUAAAAUAGUAAGAGAAGGUGGUUGGCUGCGGAGGUGGUGAUGGUCAUAUGUUUUGACCGGUGUUCUGAUAUAUUGUUUGUCUACUUCCUCUUUCCUACAGGAAAUGGUCAUCGGAGGGCUCCAGCCGGACACCACCUACUCCAUCACAGUAGCUGCGUACACCACUAAGGGAGAUGGAGCACGCAGCAAACCCAAACUGGUGGUUACCAAAGGAGCAGGUCAGUCUUUCAUACAGUUUAUAUUAUCAGUCUAUAUAGUACCACAAUUGUGCCGUCUGGUUUGCUUAAUAUAAGGAAUGUGAAAUGAUUUAUACUUUUACUUUACCUUUUGAUACUUAAGUAUAUUUUUGCAAUUACAUUUACUUUUGAAACAUAAGUAUAUUUAACCCUCCCGUUGUCCUAGGGUCAAAAUGACCCGCCACUGUGUUGAACCAACUUUAUUUAAUUUUUAUAUUUCGGGGAUCAUUUGUGAGAAGGAGGCAGUGAGACUUUAAAGAAAGUAUCACUGCCUCCUUCUCACAAAUGAUCCAAAAAAUAUAAAAAUUAAAUAAAGUUGGUUCAACACAGUGGCGGGUCAUUUUGACCCUAGGACAACGGGAGGGUUAAAACCAAAUAAUUUUUGACUUUUACUCAAGUUGUAUUCUACCAGGUGACUUUUACUUUAGUCAUUUUCUAUUAAGGUAUCUUUACUUUUACUCAAGUAUGACAAUUGGGUACUUUUUCCACCAUUGCUCAUGACACAUAUUACAAUGCAUUAGUACUGCAUCAUAAUUAAUUGCACCUGUAGGCUUUAAGUUACCUUCCCUAUAUUGGAAAGAAAAUUACCAGUCAAAUAUUUAUCGAUGAAACGGUUGUGGGCUUAAAUAGACACAUUUUGAAAGACAGAGACAAUCCUAUUUGAUUUUGUUGUUGUGUUGCUGCUGGAGAGGCAGUUGGGUCAUUUCGAAUUGGAUAGGGCCCUGAAGAUAAUCUGUAAAUGUUCAGCAAACUAUCCACAGACGGAAUGGUGGAUGAUUGGAGAUAGGAGUUUUGGCAGAUUUGGUUAUUCCAUUGCCCAGGGCUUGUGGAUUCAUGCUGGAUACCACACUCAGUCUUCAGAGUCUCUCUCUCUCUUUCUUUCUCUUUCUGAGGCUACACUUUUCCUUAUUUUCCUCUCUCUUAAACACCAGUGGCAAGGCCAGGUUAACCAGGGCACUUAAGCCUCUUUAGAACCCAGAAGGCUCAGCUACUGUGAACACAGUCUAAACCUGCAAGACUGGAGAGCUGUGAAAGCCCUCUUUGAGCAAAUAUGGGGCCGUCAGGGCUGAGAUAUGAGGCUCCUUUGUGUAUGCAUUCACGCCAGUCCGCUUCGGGGCCUUCAAUAUACACACACUCGAAAGCAGACACACACCCACACACCCUCUCACACAAACACACAUACGCCUCCUAUGACAGGUCCUGAUCUUGACAGGUGUGCCUAUCGCAGGUGUCAGGUAGUGUGACGGGCUGCAAAGGGUGUUGGUACUGUCACUCCUCUCCUCCCUCCCUUGUCAUUCUGCGCUGACUGAUCACUCACUCCAUCCAUCCAUGCCUCAAAGCCAUCCCGCUUUCCCUUUUUAUUACUGAAGCGCGGAAAAAGGGCUUACGCGGCCCAAAAUAAAUAAAUAAGCGUGAGGCAGAACAAAAAUAAAAGAAGAGAAGCCUCAGCCCCUUCGGAGGUAGAAGAGGCUUCCUAUUCCUCUUUCAUGUGACAGUGGAGCUAUCAGCUCGGCCAUGGGGCUCAGUCAAAUCGUGGUCCAGACAGUUUUCAUGGUUUUCAUGGUUUUCCCAGUCCCAUUUCAGGGAGACAUUGUGCUGUCAGACAAGUUAAGCCCCUGCCUUGUACUUUGAUAAAGCAAAGGCACAGAUGGGAGGGAGGGCCCUUGCAAGUGUUUACACCAGGGUUUCCCUAACUCGGUCCUUGGGACCCCAAGGGGUGCACGUUUUGGUUUUUGCCCUAGCACUACACAGCUGAUUCAAAUAAUCAAUUAAUCAUCAAGCUUUGAUAAGUUUAAUCAGCUGUGUGGUGUUAGGGCAAAAACCAAAGUGGACAGAGUUUGGGAAACGCUGGUUUACACACAUACACACACACUGGUGCAUAUUAAGUGUGUAACGCAAAUGCAUGUGAAAAGAGUGAGUGCACACACACACACACACACACACACACAAAGAGACUGUUUUUAAUGUUUCAGAAGGGCAACCAGACUCUUAAGACAGCAAAAUAAAGAAAUGCCAAGUUGUUGAAAGUAGGGCUAUGUCAAACUCUUAAUUCUUGGUUCAAUAGAUAAUGCCUAAAACUCCAUCAAUACAAACAUUGUGAAAAUCGAGGAUAGAAUAAUUUCAUCUAACUCAAAGUGGUUAGUCGAUCAAGUCAAGAUCAAUUACUUUUCAUGUAACAGCCAGCUACUUUUGUAGGUGUUGAAGUCGAGGUUUGACGCAGUCUUCAUGCAUUAGUUUAGCCUGACGACUCACUGAAUUGUUCCGCUGCUCUCUUUAGUCUGAGACUCCAUCAUUGAAGUCAUUUGUGGUGACGAGGGGCACGAGGGGCAUUGCACAAAACAAAGUCAUCAGCGAUUGGAUCGUCUCUAACCAAUCAGAGUAUCAAAGCCAAUGACGAAUGUUCAAACCACCGCUUUACCCACGUGUGUUCCGGCUCUGGCCCAACCCAUCAGAUUCUGGACCAAUCAGACUGCCCGAAUGUGUUCGCAUUCGUUGAAGGGUCGGGGAGGUACUCAGACCCAGACUCAUUGUGGAGAAGAAACUAACGUCCGUGGGCGUGGCAGAGCAAGGAGUCUUGGUAGCCAGGCAAACAUUAGUUUGCUUCCGUUGUGUUCAUUUACCAAGUAAUAACAGCUAGAUUCAUAGAACUUGGUGGUGUGUGACGUCACCUUGCCUAUUUGAAUCGCCUUCGGGCUCUAAGACCUUCAUGGUUGAUGUGAGUUGAAUUACUUUGAAAGAAAGGGCCAGACAUUUACAUACAACUGAAAUUAAUGGUUAUGUGCAAUAUGCAAAAAAAGCCAGCAAUUACAUACAACAGAGCUUAGAAUACUCCAGUCCCUGGCUAUUCAGAACAGUUAAGGGACAGUUAGAAAUUUACUGGUAAGGGGUGCUGGUCCAACUCAAGGUGUCAUAAAAAAAAUGCUCACUCUCCUUGCCUGUUUCAUUAGGCCUACACUAUGAUCAGAGCCGGCUGCAGACAAUGAUCAGCUAGGGGAAAUCUGAUUUUCAACAUUUAAAUGCCAUAUUUAUAAUUAUAUAAAAUAUAUGCAACACAUUUUCCACCAACAGGUUUUAGUGCCAAUGCACCACAAAACCAAUUUACAAAGCAUACCGAAUUCGGGCGCUUCAAUAUCAUGGUUUGCGUUUUCAACACCACAAUAAAUAGACUACAGUACCAGUCAAAAGUUUGGACACACCUAUUAAUUCAAGGGUGUUUCAUUAUUAAUAAAGAAAAACCCUUGAAUGAGUAGGUGUGUCCAAACUUUUGACUGGUACUGUAUGUCAAUCUCAACAAACAGAAAAUACAAUUCCUCCCUACCCCCUGGCAUUCCUCCUCCUCCAAACAUGGCGAGUUGAGUUGAUGCCAAAGAGCUCGAUUUUGGUCUCAUCUGACCAUAACACAUUCAUCCAGUUCUCCUCUGAAUUAUUCAGAUGUUCAUUGGCAAACUUCAGACGGGCCUGUAUAUGUGCUUUCUUGAGCAGGGGGACCUUGCGGGCGCUGCAGGAUUUCAGUCCUUCACGGCGUAGUGUGUUACCAAUUGUUUUCUUGGUGACUAUGGUCCCAGCUGCCUUGAGAUCAUUGACAAGAUCCUCCCGUGUAGUUCUGGGCUGAUUCCUCACCGUUCUCAUGAUCAUUGCAACUCCACGAGGUGAGAUCUUGCAUGGAGCCCCAGGCCGAGGGAGAUUGACAGUUAUUUUGUGUUUCUUCCAUUUGCGAAUAAUCGCACCAACUGUUUUCACCUUCUCACCAAGCUGCUUGGUGAUGGUCUUGUAGCCCAUUCCAGCCUUGUGUAGGUCUACACUCUUGUCCCUGACAUCCUUGGAGAGCUCUUUGGUCUUGGCCAUGGUGGAGAGUUUGGAAUCUGAUUGAUUGAUUGCUUCUGUGGACAGGUGUCUUUUAUACAGGUAACAAACUGAGAUUAGGAGCACUCCAUUUAAGAGUGUGCUCCUAAUCUCAGCUCGUUACCUGUAUAAAAGACACCUGGGAGCCAGAAAUCUUUCUGAUUGAGAGGGGGUCAAAUACUUAUUUCCCUCAUUCAAAUGCAAAUCAAUUUAUAACAUUUUUGACAUGCGUUUUUCUGGAUUUUUUUGUUGUUAUUCUGUCUCUCACUGUUCAAAUAAACCUACCAUUAAAAUUAUAGACUGAUAAUUUCUUUGUCAGUGGGCAAACGUACAAAAUCAGCAGGGGAUCAAAUACUUUUUUCCCUCACUGUAUAUACACACAGUACAAAUAUUUUUUUAUGUGACCGGGAUUGCACAAUAAAGUCAGAGACUUAUUUCCAUUGUGGUCCCCAUUUUUUACAUACAGGGAAAUACAUAUACAAUUACAUAGAUACACAUUACAGAGAUACAGGCAAAUAAAAGUGUAUCCUGCACACAUUAGCCAGCUUUUGACAUUAUUUUAAAAGUGGUUAUGGUUGGUAUGGCUUUGAGUUGCUGUGGUAGUUUGUUCCAGUCAACAGCACCGGUAUAUAAAAAUGUGUUCUUACCAAGAUAGACUCUUAUAUUUAAAACAGUGAAUAUUAGAGUCUCUGGCUUUAAUAUAAUGCUGGUGGACAUCUCUAACAAAUGAAAAAUAGUUGGAUAGGUACCUGGGGGCUGAGUCCAUGAUAAUUCUCUGGACCAGACCAAGUUGAGUUAAUACUACUAUUUUUUCUACAGAUAGCCAGCCUAGCUGCUUAAAAUGCUCAACGUCCAAAUGAGUAUGAGGGGGGAGUUAAGUACGAUUCUUACAAGCUUGUUUUGGCUGGUCUGUAGCUUAUUCUUUAGAUGUUUGGGGCUGCUGGUGAACCAUGAUGUGCAGGCAUAAUCAAAGUGACACUGGACUAGCACACUUGCCAGAGUCUUUAGGGUGUCUACAGUAGAGCACAAGCAAGCAGAACUUUUGCUAGGUUUAAACAAAUUAUAUAGUAAAACCUGCAAAAGAGCGAAUGUAAACCAGGGAAAAAACUCACUACCUUCCAAUGUACCCAAUAACCCUUCCUCAAAACAAAACAUCAAGUUAGACAAACCUCCCCUAUUUUGGACCCCAGUACAUUUUGAACUGUCCCUAACUAUUCAUAACAGUAAAAUAAAGAAUACUAUAAUAUAUCCAUAGUACACUUUUAAAUAAUAUACUGUAUACAGAAGGACAUUACUCCGUUCUAUUAAGUCCAUUAACAUUCCAGGCCACCAAAUGCCAUUUCUCCUCCCGCUCUAAUAGUCAGAAUCUCUCAUUAGUCCUCAUCCCUCCAUCUUCCCCCUCCUCCUCUUCAUCCUCCCAUCCCAUCUCCAUUCUCCCGUGAGGUGAGCAGAUUGCAUGUUGGCGCUAUAACGCUGAGCCGAGCGGAGUGUUUAUUUUAAACCCGGGAUGCCUGGACAGGCCCCGGAAUACACUGGGAAGAAACCGUCUGGAUGCCACUAGCCCUCACAGACCCCCUGGCUAUUCCUUCUCCUAAUUGGCUACUUAGCACAACGUGAGUGCUGAUUGCACCAAACCGAAGCUUGUAGCACUGCAUAUUUAUGGCUUUCCUUCAACUAUCUUGAUUUCUUCUGUCUUCUCUGUCUUAAAAAUAGAUGUUAAGUUAAUGUAGUGAUUCUCGUCAUACCCACUUAGUGGUGCAUUCUAGUAGCCUAAUGGGUUCUUAAAUGAACGUUUGUGAAAUUUCAACAUUGUUUGAGCAGAGCCUUUACAUUUUUGGGGUCAGUGUCAAGCAUAGUGAAAAACGAAGAGAGGAAAAUUAAAAUGGGAGGGCUUACGGAAGGAAUUACGGAAGACCUUUGCUGUCAAAACAGCUGCAUCUCUCAGUAUGGCCGAGGCAAUUUUUCAUCACCACAGCUAAAUUAGGUAUAUGUGGGGAGGCAUUUUCAAUUAUGUUUGCCCUCCAACGCUGGUCAGCUCGUGCUACCUUUGACACCUGAUAUCAAUUGGAUGUGAAAAUGCAGCGGAGCACUUUUGGAGUGCCUUAACCAGUGCCCCGCAGGCCUGUACAGUAGGGUGAGGAGGGCCCACAACCCCUGAUAUAUCUCUCUGGAAGUUGUAGCUGCAGGUUAACCACUAAGAUGGCUGAAGGUAAUUUUUCUACUCUCACUUGGAACAUGCACGCACACACACAUACACACACACACACUUACACACACACUUAUACACACACACGUAUUACUUGUCUUUAGGGGGGAUUACAGAGCAAUAGAGAGAGUGUGUUGUCUGUGUGUGUGCGCGCGCUCAUGUGUGUUUGACUACUGUGUGUGUGUGUGUGUGUGUGUGUGCGCGCGGUCGUGUGUGUGAGAGGAGAGGAAAUGAGUAGGAAACCCAAUCCACUACUCAAUCAAGACGACUGUGUGUCAACAGCGGCCAUUAAAGCCAGCCCUGAUGGGAAACGUGCCUCCAGCUCCACUGGGAGGGAUUGAGGGAGGCCAAGUGGAGAGGAAUGGAGUGAUGGAAGGAGAGGGAGAGGUGGAGAGAGGGGGGUAAUCAAGGUGUCUGCGACCCCCCAUGCCUCCCUCGUUGUCCCCUCUUUGCGGCAGAUUGCUCCCAGUCCCCUGUCACCUUCAUCAUGAGGACUCUCGUUCUCACCCCCCUCCUCCUCUUCCUCCCUCCAUCCUCCAGUUUUCCUUUAGCAUCAUUUACAGUAGUGCCUAGCCUACCCUGUAAACACACACACACCUCAGGCCCAUUAUCUCAGGUGUUCUCAUUGGGUCUUUCUAAGCAGUGAAUGUGAGGGGAGGGAGAGUCAAGUUUAAACAAGACAGGCUGGUUGCAGGGCUGAAGUUAUAGUUUGUUAGCGGGGAGUAAUAGACGCAUUCGUCUCGCCACUGUUUGGAGGCUGCUGCGUUUCCAUUACUGCUCCAACUCAAUUUGCCCCUGCCCAGAACAGGCCCAUUAACAAGAAGGAACAAAGUGUAUGGGUAUAUGAGGAAGUGGGGUAGAUGUGAGUGUCAAUUGGUGCGGGAGCCUGUGUGCUAUACAGUGGCUAAGAGUGUGUGUACAAGAGUGCACACAUACAGUAAAUGAGUUGGCAGAAAUCCACACACACAAACAGAAAUUGUUCCAGCCAGUGAGAAUGAGGGAGGGAGCGAUGGCUCCAGACACAUUUUUGGCUUCUCCAGAUUGGGCCGUGGGCAAGAGGCCAAAUUGCCCUGUGUGCAGCAGGGAUGAGGUAAGGGCAGGAACUGUCUGCUGAGUUGGGCUAAAUCACGAGGCACGGCGCAUACACAACACACUCACACACAUAAGCAUGUACGCAUGUAAAGUACGUGCGUUGCAGAGUAGCCUAACACACAUGUACACAAAUUGAACUCUUGCGCAAUACGUGUGUGUGUUGGAGCUUGUGUGUGUUUGUUUAUGAUUGAGCCUGUGUAGUGUGGUAGUAUUUCGGGGAUAGAAUUUUGGUAAAGUUUUUUGGAGUCAGGUGUAUAAAGUGAAAGAACACAUCUUUUGCCUCAUAUAUUUUCAUAGACAACAUUAGAUGACUAGUCUGGUGUGGGAUCGCUGUGCUAAGACGGGACUGGAGUGCAAUUUCACAGCACUCAUCUCACACUAAGCACGGCUCACUUCUGAGACAAAGCCUCCGUGUCGACACUGGCUCUAUCACACUGAUGGGACCUCUAACUAACGGAGAGAAACACAGAGAGGAGAGCCAUCCACAACCCCGAAUCUGGGUCACUGAAGUAGAAUGUCUAGACUACUGCAUCAUCCAGUCUGUAGCUCAUCCAGUCUAAAGCCUCAUAUCUAGAGUUGAUUAUCAAGUAUCUUUUUCACUGAAACUUGCAGAAUACUUUUUUGUAAGAGAGUCACAUCACAGUUAGCCUGGGUGCCAGUCUGUUUCUGCUUUCUGGCCAACUCCUUAUGGAAUUGUCAUGCCAAGGCUUGACAAUGACAAUGGAGUUGGCAAAGCACAAACAGGUCUGGGACAAGGCUACAUCACAGUCACUUUGUGUGCCAAUUCCAAUUUGUACAUACGUCAAUGCUGAAUAUAAAUUUGUGAGUAGGAGAAAUGGCUCAUUGUUUAUGCUGAGAGGACCUUUGAAGCUGGAAUUGAAUUUCACGUGAUUAUCGGAAUUGACUGAGAUAGAGGACUGUAGGUCUACUGGCCCAACAUUACGUCAUUGAAAGUGUAAAGUAGUCCCAGACAAAAUUGGUUUUAGUGGUCUGUUUAUACUGACUUCGUUCUUGCAUAACCUUUCGUCCAAGUCUACUGAAAGAAAAUGUUUUUUGCCCCACUAAAAGCACAUUCCACUCGAUAAUGAAGAAAACUAGUUUAUCACAUACAAAACAUACACCUUUGUCCUCCCGAGCAGCCUUAAUGUUGUCCACAAUGUUAUAGCACAGUCUAUUAUUAGUUAUUGACGUACCUAGAUGUACAAACCACACACCAUUCUCACUCUUCAAAACACACCUUGUUUGACCUCCUAGAGUAAAAUAUAAAUGGAUAAAAGUUUUGUUUGUUUUCCUCAACAGUGCCUGGGCCGCCCUAUCUGUCAGUGGCUCACGAUUCGGAGACGUCGGCCGUGGUGCGCUGGGACGCACCUGAUGUUAUGAUACCUGGAAUGGAGCUGCAGGGUUACCGGCUUCAGUUUGGCCGUAAGGACGUGUCCCCCCUGGCUACUCUGGAGUUCACCCCCCAGGAGAGGCAGUACACAGUGGCCAGCGUCCACCGCGGUGCCACCUACCUUUUCAAAGUCCAAGCUAAGAGCCGAGGGGGCUUCGGGGAGGAGGCUACGGCCGAACUGCAGGUGCCCGAACACAUACCCCAAGGGUACCCUCAAAUCAGCGAGAGCUCCAACGUGACCUGCUGCUCUGUAGAAUUGGCAUGGUCGCCCCCGGUGCUGGCAGAGCGCAACGGGGACAUCACGGAGUACACGCUGGCGUACCAGGAGACGGGCGUGGGGGGCGCACCCCGGGAACUCAGCCUGCCCGCCAUCCAGUCCAGCUACGUGCUCAACAGCCUCAAACCCAACUCGGCGUACGACGUCAAAAUACGCGCGCACACGAGUGUAGGUCCAGGGCCCUACAGCCCGCCGAUCCAGUAUCGGACUGUGGCGUUUCAGACAGGUAUGGCUUGCCUGUUUCUCUCCCAACCCGGGGGGAAAAACAAAAAAAACAAAAGCAACAAGCAACAACACAAAAAUGAAAACAACUUCCCCCCCUCCAACCACCUUCACUUCUUCUCCACGACAAAAAAAUCCUAGAACCUUAAAAAGUUUGCGGGGGACACUCACUUCACUAACCCAAAGGUAAAACCAGUCAGUAAGUUACAGUCAGUUUGAAAAAGAGGAGGAGCCGCGGCGUUCCAAGGUAAGUGCCGGUUGGUCAGACACCUUGCGGUCUCCUUUCAGCCCUUUGCAGACAUGCACACUCACACAGUUAAUGCAGCCUCACACACACACCCCCAGUUUGCAAAGAGACUAAACAAAGGUAGGAACUCAGUGUUUCAGUCAAGAGUUCGUUUCCGUCCAUUUCGGUUAGCAAGCGCAAGACUUCGGUUCCUUAUUUCCUUUGGUUUUCAGUUUGUUUUGAGUCCCCCUCUCCUACUCUGCUCCCCCCCCCCCUCCCCCCUCCCACUAUGGGAAGGUUUGUGGCAUGGGAUCCCCCCGAUGCACUGCUAACGACUGUCGGCAUGCUGUGUUUGGGUCUGUCUUUGUGCCCGACAGGCAGCACAUCGUGAGCAGUGCCAACCCAGGCUCAGAGCGCCAGAACCACAAGGGUCAACGACUCCUGGUUUCCACUGGGAUGGGAGUGGGCAAAGGGGGAUAGUGACUAGUAGAAAGAUGUGGCGGUCGGAGAGGGGUUGGCACUGCCCGGGUGGCCAGCCAGCGGGCACAUCUGUGCUUGUCCAUGAGUCUCCCGUGCUGUGUGUCUAACUAAUAGCAUUGCCCCCUUCACAGCCUAUCACAGCACAGCUCACCGCCCGCUCACUACUCCAACCCAGAGGACCCCAGCUGGGAAAAUGACAACAAAAAUGACCUACUCUUCCUUUUUUUCUCUUUGACACUCUCUCACUCUCUCCUUUCCUCCUUCCCCAACUCUCCAAACUAAACACAACCUCUCUGUUUUUGUUUUGUUCGUUUUUCUUUAUUUUUCUGUUCUCCCUCACGACAGAUGUCCCGAAGAACUUCACAGUGAAGUGGGUCACCAAGACAACGGUGUUGCUAACGUGGAAGUUUGCCGAGAGGCGGUUCCCAUUCCGGUGCACGGUGAGAGAACGAUAAACAGACAGACAAAUCGACACACGCACACAUGCACAUCUACAGGACUCUAUUAAUUAAUUUGUGACUAAUUAUGCCACUGACUGCAAUUUUGAUUUAAGUCAAAGUUCAAACUAUGCAAUCUUGCAGAGACCAAAUUAUAUUAUAUCUAUAGACAGCCAGGCAUACACAUGCCAUCUUGGAACUAUUCCCAAAGAAUAUCUCCUACAGACUAAUUUUACAUUGUGCAUGCUUUUACCCAGCGGUUUUACCCGGAGCUGAGACAGACCUUUCCUAAUGUGUAUUUUUUGUUCGUCUCCGUUUGUUUGUCAAUCUGUCCAUCUGCCCCCUGUCCAGAUUGAGUACAACCGUCAGAAGAUGGACGUGGAUGCCCGGCUGACCAAGGCGCUAGUCACCAGCCUGCGGCCCAACACCACCUAUGAGUUCCGGGUCACGUGUCAGGAGAACACAGAGGGUGGACCUCGCCACCGCGUGGUCGCUAGGACCGCACCGCCCAUCCUGGUCAAAAAGCCCAAGCUGGACCUCUACUCGGAGCCGGACAACAUUCUGACCAUGGGCUUCGCCCCUGUGGAAAGCAAGGACAUCAAGUGAGAGAAAUGGACAUAUAGGUUUCUGUCUGUGGGUUAUGGGUUUGUCUGAUGGGGUUAAUUCUUUCAUCGCUCUUUCUUUCGUUGGUUUAUCCUCCUUUCUUUCUAUCUUUCUUUCUUUUUUUCUUUCUUUUGUUGGUUCGUCCCUCUUUCUUUCUGUCCUCUCUUUUUCUCUCUCUCUCAAACUCCCACACUCUUCCACAUAGCACACAUUACACCUUAUUUUCUUGCCAUCUCUGUUGCCAACCUUCUGUCUUGCUCUCUCAUUUCUGCUCUCACUCCGGUGUUCCAUAGCGAGCGACUCUUACAUGACGUAGACUCUGACUUACUAAGGGGUAGGGAGUGAGGGGGGAGGGCUGGAUUUGGGAGGUGAGGGAGGGGGAUGGCGGGAUGUCGUAUGGAGGGCGUGUUGUAGUGAGUGAUGGCGGGCGGUGAGGGAGCGUGGGUCGAGAUGCGUUGAGCGAGAGAUUCUCUCUAGCUCUCGAGAUCUAUCUCUCUCUCUAUCUCUCUCUCUAUCUCUCUCUCUCUCUCUCUCUCUCUCUCUCUCUCUCUCUCUCACACACACACACACACACACACUUUCAGACUAAACCCAACCUAGCCCAUUAGUCCCUGUAGUGUAAGUUAGUGUUUUGUCUCUCUGAGGAUGUUGUAUGUUGAUGGUAGUGAUGUCUGUGUGCCUCGCAGGAAUUUCUAUGUGGUGGUGGUACCGCUAAAGAAGGGCUCAGGGACAGUCCGACAUCUCAAGAACCCAGACGAGAUGGACUUGGAAGAGGUAAGAACCGAGGACUAACGCACAUUCCAGCAUUGCUCAAACUCAACAAUGGAAUUGUGUUUCAACCACAGUGGUCUUCCCAGGUGACUCAACUUCUUUUCAUAACUAAAAACUUUAACCAUAUGUACCAUACCUGAAUAAAAAUGCUGUGAAUCUGCACACAAGGUUAUUGUCACAAAAAAGGGGAUUGUGACAUAUACAAAGGUCACAACAUUUCUAUAAAACGUCACAUUGCGCCCUCGCAUGUGUUUCUGUCUAAGUGUGCCAUAUGCCAUGGAGAUGUUAAUAGCAACGUCGGAUGGGUACUGUAGUUUUCCCCAGGUGUGGUCCCUCUCUCCCGCCAUCCAUCCAUCCUGCCUGGAGAGAAGUGAAUUACAUCCCUGCUCCCACCCUUCCUCGGUUGCUAGGGGUGACCUUGAGCUGUGAUCAGCGCAUGGCCGCGGGAAGAUGUUUUGGGUUGGGGGUUGGGAUCUUCCCGCGGCUUUGGAUCAGCGGCAAGCUAUUGAAUUUGGGAUUACCCAUAUUCCACCUCUUCAGCAGACUCCUUCAUUUUCUGUUGUAAAUGAAUGGAGUGGCCUGGUCCGUCAGGGCACCAUGCCAACAAGCACCCUAUUGACUUUGGGGCCAGAGUGUACGGAGGGAAUCGACCUGCAAAACCCCAUUUAGGAAGUUUGCAGCGGACAUUUAGAUUUUUACACCAACUAUUGAACAGGUGGUUAUACGUUCUCCUCUUCACACACUGACUGAUCAGAUAGAUGGAUGGAUUGACCAAUAGGAAUGAUAAACUGAUGAGUAGACAGGUAGGUGGAUGGAUAGAUACAGACAGACAGACAGACAGACAGAUGGACAGAGAGAUAGACAGACGGACAAAUAUAGGUACUUUUGAUGGAUACAGUGGGUCUGCCAACUCUUUCCCUUUUUAACGUUUUAAGGGAGCAUGCGUUAACAUUCUCAGUCAACUUUUUCAAAUAGAGAUGAACUAAUUAAUAUCUAGAGAGAUGGAUAGACAGAUACAUUUGACAGACAGACAUUCAGACGGACAAACCAACAAACCAAGAUAAAACUCCACAAAGAACUCACACCUCCUCAACCCCCUCCAUCCCUCAUUCACCUCACCACUCUCUCCCUGUCUCCUUCAGCUGCUGAGGGACAUCACCCCGAAACAUCGCACCAGGCGCCAGCUGAGCCAGGCGGAUGGCAAGAAGCCCUACAUCACGGCCUGCUUCAAGCAGCUCCCCACCACCUUCACCCUGGGCACAGAGCACCGCCACAGCAGCUGUGAGAACAAACCUCUGGAGCCCGGGCAGGAGUACGUCUUCUUCCUGCUGGCCGAGCUCAACACCACCGCCGGGGUGAGGACUGGAGAUGGAGAUGAGAGGCGCAUGCAGAUACACGUGCACAUGCACACUCAGACACAUGCACGCUUGCAUACUCAUACAUACACACACAUACACAUUGACAAGAUAUCCAUAUACAGUAUAGAGAUAACUGGUCAUAUCAGAUGUGUGAGUGAGUUAAUGAAAGGUGUGUUUAUAUGUUAUGCAUAGGUACACUACUUCUCAGUUUAAUUCCAUUGAGCCCUCGUCUAUAUUUUAUAUCUGUCUAUUUGUUUGCAGUUAAUUGUAUUGAGCCCUAUGUCUAUCUCUCUCUCUCUGUAGAAAAUGUUUGCGGCCAGCCCAUACACGGACUCAGUGGUGACCCCAGAGAUGGAGGUGGAUCCUCUGCCCAUGGAGACGGGUGGGGAUGGCCUCAUCUGGGUGGUGGGGCCCGUGCUGGCUGUGGUCUUCAUCAUCUGCAUCGUCAUCGCCAUCCUCCUCUACAAGAAGUGAGUUACGUAGGGGAUUCUGGGGGAUGUAGGCUACAGGGGAUUCUGAGGGAUGGCGUUUGUUCUGUAUGUUGGGGGGACGGUUUUAUGGGGGGGUGACUUUCUUUCAAAAUCUAACAAAUGUAUGAGAAUUGCAGUAUGAGAAUUGUUAAUGAAAGGAAGGUUGGGAAGGAAGGGAGAAAAAUAGGAGGGACUGGGGGAAAAUAAUACGUAGAAGAGUUAGAGAAAGAGCUAAUGCUCUGUGUUAAUUGAAACCAGAAAAAUAUAAAUGAUGAAAUCUUUACUUGAAGGGGAGAUAUCUAAAGCCUAGUUUUAAUUUCAAAGUAACUGAAAUCUAAAGUAUUUACUUGUGUUUUGGGGCUGGAGCAAGCAAGCAGUUAAAGUACUGGAUCUGAUUCUGUUUUAACAGUUGUAGGCAACAUACUGUCUAAGAGACCACAAGGCCCAGUAGUAUACUGUAACUGUGUUCAGUCAUGUAUGUAGAAUAAGCAGGCCAAAGUUGGAGUAGGAGAAACAGGGCCUAACUUUCAGAUGCUCCCUGACAGUUAGUCUGACCUUGGCUUAUACCUCUGCAUGCUGGUGGUUAGGGAGAGUAACGUCUCUCCUUGGAUCUCUCUCUCUCUCCUCUCUCUCCUGCUUUCCCUCUCUCUCCUUGGUGGCUAGUGUUUCUACCUGCCCUUGGUCCUGACAUCCCCCCCCCCCUCCCUCACCAAGACACACACACAGUCAUAAACACACACACACACACACACACACAUACUCACACACACUCACAGUAACACACACACACGAAGCAGACCGGCUCCUCCAAAUGCUGAUGAGCUUUAUCUAGCUAGCACUGCGAGGCGGCAGCCCCUGUGAAUUUUAAAAUGCUCUCUAUUGAUUUUUCUCUUCUCCCCCCUCUCUCUCCUUGUGUUGUGUUUUUCCCCUCUUUAUAUAUUUAUUUGAAACUCCAUUGCUUUCUCUGGAAGCAGCAAACCUGACAGGUAAGGCUUAGCCGUACUUAAUUGCUGUGUGUUUUUUCGGCAAGAAAAUAACCUGUCUCAGCGUAAAAUAUGUUUUUAAUUAGUCGGGGGCGAAAAACUGUGAGGGAAAGAGAAGCUGGCUCACUAGAUAUGCCUCUCGAACUUGUUUCAUGGAGGGUUAUUUCGACAUUCAGCGCUAAAGCUGUUGUAGCAGCACAGAGAGCUUCUUGUUUGUGUGGAGGGUGGACAUUUUAUUUUGUUGGGUCUUGACGGUGUGCGUCUUUGUUUUCCUUCCCCCUCCAAAGCCGCAAACGAAAGGAGUCAGAGCCCAGAACAAAAUGUCUGCUGAACAACGCAGAGAUCACACCCCACCAUCCCACAGACCCCGUGGAAAUGAGACGCAUCAACUUCCAGACCCCAGGUAUGGUG